AAACUCCGAAAACACAAGAGAGUUAUUUUCGCUCGCUUGUCUCCGUAAACCUUGCGAGCGACCUCCCCAAGAGAAACCAUGGCAACCCGAUCCCUAUGGCGCUCGCGCGCCAAGCUAGCGGUUGUCGCCACCACCCUCUGUACGGGAGCCGCCGCCGCAGCUGUCGCCACCUCAGACGACCCCGCUUCGGCUGCCAAGCUCUGCACCACCGUCCCUGUCCGGCUUCUCCGUGACGCCACAACUGCUGCCUCCGUCGUCUUCGAUUAUCAAUACUCAUUAUGGGGACUCCCCGAAGGAAGUAAAGAGAGAGCAAAGAUUAAACAUGAAGUUCAUUUAAGAUCGGCACGAAAGCUUCAAGAGCUUUGUUUUAUAAAUGGAGGGAUUUAUAUCAAGCUUGGCCAACAUAUUGGGCAAUUGGAGUACCUAGUUCCUCAAGAGUAUGUUAUUACAAUGAGGGAGUCGAUGUUGAAUAAGUGUCCGGUUUCUUCAUACGAUCAAGUGUGUGAAGUUUUCAAGAAGGAACUUGGAGAGACGCCUGAUAAAGUUUUCGAUGAAUUUGAUCGAGAACCGAUAGCAAGUGCUUCCCUUGCACAGGUUCAUGUCGCUCGUACGCAUGAUGGUCAAAAAGUUGCUGUGAAGGUUCAACACACUCACAUGACAGAUACUGCAGCUGCAGAUCAAGCUACUGUGGAAUUUCUUAUCAACACUCUACAUUGGCUAUUCCCAUCUUUUGAUUAUAGAUGGUUGGUUGCUGAAAUUCGAGAAAGUUUACCCAAGGAGCUAGACUUUUUGAUAGAGGCAAAGAACAGCGUGAAAUGUUUGGAAAAUUUCCGUAAGAUGUCUCCUCAUAUUGCGGAUUAUGUUUAUGCUCCGGAGGUAGUUUGGUCUUUAACUACCUCAAAGCUGUUAACAAUGGAAUUCAUGGACGGUGUACAAGUGAAUGAUGUGAAUUCCAUUCGUAGACUUGGAAUGCAGCCCGGUGAAGUUUCAAAAUUAGUUAGUCAAACUUUUGCUGAGAUGAUGUUUAAACAUGGAUUUGUUCAUUGUGAUCCACACGCUGCUAAUCUAUUAGUUCGUCCAUUACCUUAUGGCAAAAGGAGCAUUUUUGGGAAGAAAAAACCACAGCUGAUAUUACUAGACCAUGGCCUUUAUAAAGAACUCGACUUCUCCACUAGAUUCAGCUAUGCUUCUCUUUGGAGGGCAUUGGUGUUUUCUGAUGCUAAUGGAAUAAAAGAACAUAGCGUGAAACUGGGUGCUGGGGAGGACCUGUAUGUGCUAUUUGCGGGGAUUGUAACAAUGAGGCCCUGGAAUCGGGUCAUUGACCCUGCCAUGGAUCAUUUGGUCAUAAAAGACACCGACAGUUCCGAACUACAGAUGUAUGCAUCUCAAUAUUUCCCUCAAAUAUCCGAACUUCUCAGGCGACUGCCCCGUGUUAUUCUAUUAAUGUUGAAGACAAAUGAUUGCUUAAGAGCAGUCAAUAACUCUCUGUUGCAAGGUUCUUCUAUGGAGACAUUUUUGAUAAUCGGAAAAGUUUCUUCCGAAGCCGUUGUUGAGGCAAAGAUGAUGCAGACGAAAUCAUUAUUUAGCCGGAUUAAUAUCUGGCUCGAGGAAUUCCUCUUCGAAGCUCGCCUUUUAGCAUUACAAAUAGCCUUGUGGCUUUUACAAGUCCGGAAAGCACUGACUUGAACACCGAUUCGACUCCGAAAGCAGUCUCUCAACCACCUCGGUGCAGGCUGUUCAAGUUAGGAUCGACACACUCAUUGAUUCUUUAUCACGUAAAAGAAAGGAAUAAGAUUCAUGGGAUUUUUUGUUCA